UUUUUUAAAAGGUUGUCUUUCUUUCAGAUCAGCCUUGACGAACAGCGCGAUGUCUCAGCAGGGCGCCAAAGGUUUUUCCAAAGGGUCUUCCCAGUGCUCCGCCCCAUGCACAAACCCGACGCCCGCCCCCGCGCCCACCUCCUCCUCCUGCUGCGGCAACCGCUGCUGCGGUGGUGACUCAGGUUGCUGUGGCUCGCGUUCCACCGGCUGCUGCUGCUUUCCCAGAAGGCGCCGUCGGCAGCGCUCUGGAUGCUGCGGCUGCUGCGGAGGAAGCCAAAGGUCUCAACGCUCCUGCAACAACCAGAGCUCAGGCUGCUGCACCGGUGGCUGCUGAGAGCCCACAGGGCUGCGCCCCGAACAUCUGUCACCGCUGCACAGCGGGCCCCUCUCUCACCCGUCCUUCAUAGUAGUAACA